UUCCCGAAGCUGACGGAGUUGUUACAGUGGUACGCAGCCACCUUUAGAGACCCCAUGAUGCUCCAGCCCCCAGCGUGGUUUAAGGCGUUCAUAUAUUGUGAAGCCUUCUUACAAAUGCCUUUCUUCCCCAUCGCGGCGUACGCCUUCUUCAAAGGUGGCUGCAAAUGGAUAAGGACUCCUGCAAUCAUCUACUCCACCCACGUAGCCACAACUUUGUUCGCUAUCAUUGCGCAUAUACUGUUCCACGAUUUCUCCAAGUCUGAGCAUUUGGGACCCCAGACACAACGUGAGCGCCUAAUUCUGCUCUCUAUAUAUAUGCCGUACUUGCUGAUUCCGCUUCUGAUUCUUUUUACCAUGCUCUACAACCCCCAUUACAACCAUGUGGAGAAAAGGAAAAGGAAGUAG